AUGUCAGCCAGCUGCCGUGUCAGCCAGCUGCCGUGUCAGCCCGCUGCCGUGUCAGCCAGCUGCCGUGUCAGCCAGCUGCCGUGUCAGCCAGCUGCCGUGUCACCCCGCUGCCGUGUCACCCCGCUGCCGUGUCACCCCGCUGCCGUGUCAGCCCGCUGCCGUGUCAGCCAGCUGCCGUGUCAGCCAGCUGCCGUGUCACCCCGCUGCCGUGUCAGCCCGCUGCCGUGUCACCCCGCUGCCGUGUCACCCCGCUGCCGUGUCAGCCAGCUGCCGUGUCAGCCCGCUGCCGUUUCAGCCAGCUGCCGUGUCACCCCGCUGCCGUGUCAGCCAGCUGCCGUGUCAGCCCGCUGCCGUGUCAGCCCGCUGUCGUGUCACCCCGCUGCCGUGUCACCCCGCUGCCGUGUCAGCCCGCUGCCGUGUCAGCCCGCUGCCGUGUCAGCCCGCUGCCGUGUCAGCCCGCUGCCGUGUCAGCCAGCUGCCGUGUCAGCCAGCUGCCGUGUCAGCCAGCUGCCGUGUCAGCCAGCUGCCGUGUCAGCCCGCUGCCGUGUCAGCCAGCUGCCGUGUCAGCCAGCUGCCGUGUCAGCCCGCUGCCGUGUCAGCCAGCUGCCGUGUCAGCCAGCUGCCGUGUCAGCCCGCUGCCGUGUCAGCCCGCUGCCGUGUCAGCCCGCUGCCGUGUCAGCCCGCUGCCGUGUCAGCCCGCUGCCGUGUCAGCCCGCUGCCGUGUCAGCCCGCUGCCGUGUCAGCCCGCUGCCGUGUCAGCCAGCUGCCGUGUCAGCCAGCUGCCGUGUCAGCCAGCUGCCGUGUCAGCCAGCUGCCGUGUCAGCCAGCUGCCGUGUCAGCCCGCUGCCGUGUCAGCCCGCUGCCGUGUCAGCCAGCUGCCGUGUCAGCCCGCUGUCGUGUCAGCCCGCUGCCGUGUCAGCCCGCUGCCGUGUCAGCCAGCUGCCGUGUCAGCCAGCUGCCGUGUCAGCCCGCUGCCGUGUCAGCCCGCUGCCGUGUCAGCCAGCUGCCGUGUCAGCCCGCUGCCGUGUCAGCCCGCUGUCGUGUCAGCCAGCUGCCGUGUCACUGUUUAUAUACCUCGGGGUCUCCAGCACUGAUGAGUAUGCCGGCGGUGUGUGA